AUGUCGCUAUGUCAGUUCACGGUGUGCAUUGACCUAAACCUGAUGGCCAACAUCAGGUCUUGGGCAGCGUUUUCCUAUGACACUAACAACACCUCCAUGGACACAAGUGACAUAGAGCUUGGACUCUCCGGAGAAAGCAAGCGGUUGAGACUAUAUCUUUUUGGCACCAGACGAGACAUUGAGAUCGAUCUGGCCCUUUUUGUGUGGUACAGUGUGUGCUGCAUGUGGGACACCAGGACACAACUGCUGGAGGUCUACUGCAAUGGUAGUCUCGUGCAUACCGAAACCAUUGGCAGCACUGAGUGCCUGAAACCCAACGGCAGCCUGGUGCUGGGUCAUCUGCACAAAAGAAAGGAUGGCAUUAUCACGCGGGUAAGCAACAGCUUCAUUGGCAGCUUGUACUACUUCCAAAUGUGGGACCGUGCGAUGGGUCUGGAAGAGCUGCUGGACUGCGCCAUGGGCAAUACUGUCAGCUGGAAGGAAGAGUACUGGGACUUCAGCAGCAUCCUUCCCGUUGAGGAUCGUCACCUGCGCUGUGAUCCCAGAGUGUUUGGAGGACUGGCCUUCGGCGUUACUUCCUACGACAGAGGUGUGGAUCUCAAGGUCAAUGUUCAAGAAAAACCUUUCAAAAAGGCCCUGGCCUCUGUGUUUUUGCCGAAAUCACUGAGGAAAUUCUUAGGGAUUGAGCAUGCUGACCCAGACAAGCAUUCAAAGAUCCAGUUUAAGUUUUUUGGCACUACUUCACUCUUUGCGGGUAGUGCAGCAGUGCACUGUGUCUUUUGGGACUUUCAGGAGAACAAUGGACUGGGUGGUUGGAAUACAUCGGGGUGUGAAAUGGAAUAUACAGAUAUGAAUUACACAAUCUGUUUUUGUAACCAUCUUACCCAUUUUGGAGUCCUACUGGACUUGUCCCGGACAGAGAUAGAUAUCAUACAUGAUCGUAUAUUAACUCUGAUAAGCUAUGCAGGAUGUGGUGCUUCCUCCCUUUUUUUGGGUAUAACACUGGUGACGUAUCUAGCCCUUGAAAAACUGCGGAAAGACAACCCUUCAAAAAUCCUGCUCAAUCUUUGUGCCGCACUGCUGAUGCUGAACAUGGUCUUCCUCACCAAUUCCUGGCUGUCCUCAUUCAACCAGCCAGGUCUCUGCAUCGCCGUGGCCGUGCUCCUUCACUAUUUCCUUCUUGCAGCUUUCACGUGGAUGUGCCUGGAGUCUGUUCAGUUUUACUUGGCUCUUGUCAAAGUUUUCAAUGUUUAUGUCCCAAAGUACAUAUUCAAAUGCUGUAUUGCUGGCUGGGGAAUGCCAGCUAUUGUAAUUACUAUCGUGGUCAUUAUAAACAAAGACUUCUAUGGCAAUGGAUCACAUUCUGAGAGCAAUCCAUUCAGCAAUUUUUGCUGGAUUCAAGAGAACGUAGUGUUUUACAUCUCCGUUGUGGCCUAUGUCUUCAUAAUAUUUUUGACAAAUACAGCCAUGUUCAUCACUGUUCUUCUUCAAAUCCACUCUGUGAAAUCAAGGACACAAAAGAGAUCCGGAUUGUGGAAACGGGGUUUUCUCCAGGACCUCAAAAGCACUUUCAGCUUGAUGUUCAUUUUGGGCUUAACUUGGGGCUUUGUCUUUUUUGCCUGGGGAGCAGUGAGGAUAUUGUUCUUGUAUCUCUUCAGCAUUUUUAACACCUUGCAAGGGUUCUUUAUCUUUGUGUUUCACUGCCUAAUGAAGGAAGAAGUAGUGAAGCAGUGUCGAUCUUCAUAA